CCCAAGCAAAGUAAAGCUUGUCUUGUCCGUCCCCUUCAUCUAAUCCCAUCCUCAAAGGCAGCAGCAAACCAGGGAAAAACUUCAUGCCAAAACAACACAUACAAACACAAGACCAGUGUUUGAAUUGAACACAAUUCUGUCCCCUUCCUCCUAAUGCUCUUCCAAUUGCAAGUCCAACUCCAACCCCAUUCCCAUGUUCCCUUUCCUCAGCAUUAGGAGGCUCCGCCACCUCUGCUCCCGCCUCCGCUGGUCCAUCCCCCGCCGCCGAUCCCGUCCCAAGGUCCAAAUAAAAAAGCUCGGCAAGCCCGACCCCGCCAAGCCCAAGCCCAAGCCCAAGCCCGACCCUGCCCUCAACGGCUCUUGCGCCGCCGCGGUCCACCCCAACGGAGGGCCCUCCCCUAAGGUUCGGGUUGCCACGUUCAAUGCUGCCCUGUUCUCGAUGGCCCCGGCCGUGCCCAAGCCCGGGACGGACCGGGUCCCGAGCUUCGAUUUUGACUGCGCCGACGGAGGUCUGAUAAGGGCGAGGCUGUCCGGGGAGAUCACCCUGCAGUCCAAGUCGAUGAACGACAACCGGCCCAAGAGCAUACUCAAGCAGUCUCCCCUGCAUCCUAGCUCGGCCGGCAGCCCCGAUCACCUCACGAGGCAGCAGAAGUUCGCGAGAUCAAGGCUGCGCGUAUCCAUCAAUUUACCCGACAACGAGAUCUCCCUCUUGCGAAGCCGUCAAGUUAGCUUCCGCGAGGACGGCACGGAGCCUUAUGCUCCAUCGUCUUUGCCGAAUGGCUCCUCCUCCACCAUCGGCAGGAUUUUAAGGGGAAAAGCUCCGGCGACGAGGGCUAGCUUUCGGAAUAACGACAGCAGCAGCAACAAUGGGGCUGCUGAAGCGCUGAGCUAUAGGAGCACUCGGUCGGUUCUUGAAGUGUUGAGGGAACUGGACGCGGACAUUUUGGCUCUGCAACAUGUCAAGGCAGAGGAGGAGAAGGAGAUGAAGCCCUUGUCCGACCUCGCGGCGGCGCUCGGGAUGAAUUAUGUGUUUGCCGAGAGCUGGGCGCCGGAGUAUGGCAAUGCCGUGCUGUCCAAGUGGCCCAUCAGGCGUUGGAAGGCCCAGAAGAUAUUCGACGAUACGGACUUCAGGAAUGUCCUGAAAGCCAGCAUAGAAGUUCCACAGCUAGGGGAAAUCAACAUCUACUGCACCCACCUGGACCACCUCGAUGAGAGCUGGCGGAUGAAACAGAUCAAUGCUAUUAUUCAAUCAACCGGAUCACCGCACAUUUUAGCCGGUGGCCUCAAUUCGCUCGACGAGACUGACUACUCUCCCGAGAGGUGGUCCGACAUAGUCAAGUAUUAUGAGGAGAUGGGAAAGCCAACGCCUAAAGCUGAAGUGAUGAGGUUCUUGAAGGGCAGGCAGUACACAGAUGCUAAGGAUUUUGCUGGUGAAUGCGAACCGGUUGUGAUGAUCGCCAAAGGCCAAAGUGUACAAGGGACGUGCAAGUAUGGGACACGGGUGGACUACAUAAUGGCAUCUCCCGAUUCGCCAUUCAGGUUCGCCCCGGGCUCUUACUCUGUUCACUCCUCCAAGGGGACCUCGGACCACCACAUCGUUAAAGUAGAUCUCGUCAAGUCGUCCAUCCCUCAUGACACCCCGGGGCACAACAACGACCCGAACAAUCCCACCCCUAAGAAGAGGCGACAGCACCAUCGGAAUAAACAACAACAAAGAGUCGUGAAGAUUACAGACCCUUCCCUUAAUCAGUCAAAUGGUGUGUGGAAGAACACAGUCACACAGAACUACUCACACGCAGGCAAAUUGAUGAAUUGAUUUUUUUGCUCUUUCUUUCGUUUGCUUGUUGGUUUUUCUUUUUAUCCCCCAUUUCUGCCUUUACUUGCUUGUAUGUAAUUGGUCUGUCGAUGAGAGUGGGGAAACUUUGGCUGUUUUGGGCUUAAUUCUUCCACAUCUUUUAGUUAGUUUUGGUAGAAAUUUCAAGUUAUAUGUGAUCAAUGUAUAUGUAUAUUGUAUACAAAGCACUUUACAUUGACAAAUAACUCAAGAAAGAUUGGUGGGAA